AUGGAUAUUAAUAAUGCAUUUUUACAUGGGGAUUUGGAUGAAGAAAUGUUUAUGAAGCUCCCUCCUGGUCUAACUGUGCAAUCUGAUUUUCCUACCUCUUCAUCAACUCUUGCUUGCAAGUUAAAUAAGUCUCUUUAUGGACUGAGGCAUGCCUCAGGGCAAUGUUGCUGGGAUAAUUUGACCGAAAUUAACAACCUUAAACAUUUUCUGGAUAGUGCAUUUAAGAUUAAGGACCUUGGGGAAAUUCAUUAUUUUUUUGUUUUAGAAAUUACUAAAGAGCAUUCUGGUUUUCUCAUUAGUCAACAUAAGUUUAUUAUGGUUAUGCUUUCUGAAUUUCACUAUUCUGAUGUCUCCUCUGUGGUGGCUCCCCUUGAUCCACAUGUCAAAUUGUAUGCUGAAUUUGGUGAUAUUUUGCAUGAUCGUUCUAUUCGGUUUAUGUCAACACCUAGAGUUCCUCAUUUAGAUGCUGCUUUGCACAUGUUUCGAUACUUGGCUGGUUAUUGUGACUCUGACUGGGCUAGUUGUAGUGAUUCUAGAAAGUCAAUUAGUGGCUUUAUUUUAUUUCUUGGUGGGUGCCCCGUCUCUUGGAAAUCCAAGAAACAACCUACUAUUGCAUUUUCUUCUACUGAGGCAGAGUAUAGAGCAUUACGAUUGUUGGUUGCUGAGAUCACCUGGAUUCUGUGGUUGCUUGGUGAACUUGGGAUUUCUUCUCUCACACCUGUUGAUGUAUUCUGUGAACAAUCAAGCAGCGGUUCAUAUUUGUAA